AUGAAGAAUAUUGAUCAGGAAAUUUUCUUGGUGGACGUAGAUGAGGAGUCUUGGGCUCUCCGGGGGGAUGUUAUCAAAAUGACUAAAAGAUCCAAGUAUGCAAGUUUUUCCAUCACUGUUGGAUUGGGUGGAGUCUCAUGGUUAUUUGGUGUUUUGAAGGAGGCAAGCAAGUUCUUACAAGAAGAGGGAAAGUAUUGUGUUCCUCAAGGAAAUGAUCACAAGGGAUGGGGGAGUUUUCUGAAUAUGCUGGAUGAACUGUUAAGGAGUGGUAAUAGUUCUGGAAACAGGACAGUUGAUACCAGGGCUAUAGUGUCACCGGUAGAUUGUAUGGAGAGCUCCUCUCUUUUUCGAAAAUGGAAAUGUGCAGUGAUUUGCGAGAAGGGAAGUAUUUUUAUCCCUUGGAGAUGGAUAACGAGCAUUAAUGAACAAAUUAAAAUCGAAGUUGAGUUGAAUCCAUUCCAAGUUGAUAAGGUUGUUUGCUUUUGUAAAAAUAAGGAUCUUGCUAUGAACAUGGCAAACCUAUCAUUUAAGGCAAACAAGGAGAACAUCGAUGGUGAGCAGGAAUCAGAGGAAACGAUGGGAGCGGAAGACAAAGAGAAGACACAUUCGAAGGAUUACAAAUUGAGUAUUAUAGAGGCUACAUCAUAUCUUUAUAAUAUGAUUGAUAAUUUUGAGGUGUUUGUUGAGUUUAAACAGGGAAGGCAAGUUGAUGAUGGCUCCAAGGGACUGUUUGAUGAGGAAGAUGGGAAGGGUUUGGUGAAUGAGGGAAAUCAAAAAGAAUCAACGGGGGUUUCUACUUCAAAGGCAGAUUUGCAAGUGAGUUUUCCUCCUGAGUAUCAGUCUAAUGCUUCCACCUGCACUAAUUUUCAGGCUAAUAAUUCAGGGGUUUUGGGUUGUGUCUAG